AUGCCCCUCCCCGCCCGAACCGCGAUCGUCUCCCGCGUCACAAACGAGACCAAGAUCCAAGUCUCGCUGUCGCUGGACGGCGGGGUGCUCCCCGCGUACGAGCCAUCGGAGCACUUCCCAGCGCCCUCGGACCCCAAGGAGGCAGAGGCAGCCAAGCACGGCAUUGUGCCGCCUAAGGAUGCCGCGCACGCGACACAGUUCACGCCCACGCAGCAGAUCACCGUGAGCACCGGGAUCGGGUUCCUGGACCACAUGUUGCACGCGCUGGCCAAGCACUCGGGCUGGAGUUUGGCCAUCCGAGCCAAGGGGGAUCUGUACAUUGACGACCACCACACCACCGAAGAUACCUUCCUCGCGCUGGGCGCGGCGUUCACCAAAGCGCUGGGCGCGCGGCAGUCGCUGGCGCGGUUCGGCCGCGGCGACGCCCCGCUCGAUGAAGCCCUCUCGUGGGCGGUGAUUGACCUGUCCAGCCGGCCGUGGGCGGUGAUCAACCUGGGUUUCCGCCGGGAGAAGCUGGGAGACCUGAGCACGGAGAUGAUCACGCACGGGCUGCAGAGCUUUGCGCAGGCGGCCGACGUCACGCUGCAUGUGGGCUGCACGUACGGCGACAACGACCACCACCGCGCGGAGAGUGCAUUCAAGGCGUUGGCGGUGGCGAUCCGCACGGCCUGUGCUAGGAAGGUGGAGGGUGAGGUUGGAGCUGGCGAUAUUGUCAGCACCAAGGGAGUGUUAUAA